UGUCGGCUACACUCCUUAUGGAGGUCAGUCCUCUCUUCACUUUUUGUGACGUCUAUACAUUGUCUAACUCUCUACAGACCACUUCAUGGUGCACUGCGGUAUGGAGAUCGUCCUCCCCAACGGAGAACUCUACCGAACCGGCAUGGGUGCGAUGCCCGAUCCGACCCAGCCCGGCUACGACCCUAACGCCCCUCUGCAUGAGCAGCCCCCCAACAAGUGCUGGCAGCUCUUCAACUACGGCUUCGGCCCCUACCUCGACGGCAUCUUCACCCAGUCCUCGCUCGGAAUCGUCACAAAGCUCGGCAUGUGGCUGAUGCCCGACCCCGGUGGAUUCGAAAACUACGUCGUCACCGUCCCCAAGGAAGAGCAGCUGAGUGAACUCGUCGACAUCAUCCGCCCUCUGCGCCUGCAAAACAUCCUCCCCAACGUGCCUACCAUCCGCUACAUCACCCUCGACGCCGCGGUCAUGGGUCACAAGCUCGACUACGUCAACCACGACGGCCCGCUGACAGAAGAUGAGCUGACAGCCAUCUCUACCAAGCUCGGGCUCGGCCGCUGGAACUUCUACGGCGCCGCCUACGGCCCCCCUCUGAUCCGCGAUGCUAUGAUGCAGAUCUCCAAGGAGGCCUUCCUCAAGAUCCCUGGAGCCAAGUUCCUCAAGCUUGAGGACGUCCAGGAACCCAGUGUUCUCCACAUCCGAGCAAAGACGCUCCGCGGAAUUCCCUCAUACGACGAGCUCAAUUGGCUCGACUGGGAGCCCAACGGAGUGCACUUGUUCUUUGCUCCCAUCAGUCAGGUUUCGGGCGCAGACGCCAUGAAGCAGUACGAGAUCUCGAAGCGACGGUUUGACGAGGCCGGCUUUGACUUUGUCGGCACCUUCACGAUCGGCAUGCGCGAGAUGCACCACAUCAUCUCCGUCAUCUUCCCGCGCGGCAACGAGGAGCGCAAGAAGGCCGCCGUCUGGCUCAUCCGCACAUUGAUCGACGACUGCGCCAAGAUGGGCUGGGGCGAGUACCGCACCCAUCUCGGUCUCAUGGACCAGAUCCAGGACACCUACAGCUUCAACAACAACAUCCAGCGCACGAUCAACGAGACCAUCAAGAACGCGCUCGAUCCCAAGGGUAUCAUUGCGCCCGGAAAGAGCGGCAUUUGGCCGGCGAGCUACGACAAGAAGACCUAUGUUUUGGACUCGAAGGUUCCCAAGCCGUUCUAAGGCAAGUGACGACAUUUAUCUUUCAAGUAUAUAUACGACCAUGCAGUGAUUUUGAUGAAAAUAAGAAAGAAAUAUAUGCGAAUUGCGUCCCAUCUAGAAACU